CUGGGGUCCAGUCCCCCUUGGACGGUCUCUCUAACCCCCUGUCUGCGCCACACGCACCAGCCACAGUCGAUGCAAGACUUGUUCGCGAGCCUCGAAGAGAUUCCGAAGCGUCAACGAGUCCGCAACGUCGCUCCAACCUUUCAACCUCCAAUAAUACCACAACAUCUCGUCAUCAUGGACUCCGCCUCGGUCAAACAAGCUGUCAUGCAGCAGGUCAGCAGUGAGGCCAACAUGGCCAACGUGCGCCUUCUCAUUGAGAAAUUGCAGGAAAACUGCUUCCAGAAGUGCGUCCCCAAGCCUGGCGGCUCUCUCUCCAGCAGCGAGCAGUCAUGCGCCACCUCAUGCAUGGAAAAGUACAUGGCCGCCUGGAACAAGGUCAACUCCUCCUACAUCGACCGCCUACGUCAAGAGCAGGGCGUGCAGAUGUAGAUACGACACACGGAUUGUACGAACGAUGCGAAGGACUGUAUAACACUUACUGUAACGAAGCAACGACCGGCCGCGUCCGAUCGGACUGUUGUACACAUACAAAUUUAUAGACAAGCGCAGCUCCAAAACAAGGCGCGUCGCAAACAGCUAAUCGAGAUGGAAAUUAUCUUGGUGUCA